AUGGCACCCACCGGAACUUCGAAGUCCGAGGAGAAGAAAGAGGGUCCUCCUCGGCUGUCAGAUGUUCGUGAUAUUAUCGACACGGAUACUUUCGAGCAAAUCCUGGAAAUGGACGACGAUGAAGACCGCGAUUUCAGCCAGGGGAUUGUCUAUGGUUUCUUCGACCAGGCCGAGGUCACAUUCGCAAAGAUGGAGCAGGCUGUUAAGGACGAAGAUUUGGAUGAUCUUUCAUCCCUCGGUCACUUUUUGAAGGGUUCAUCGGCCACCCUGGGUCUCACGCACGUUAAGGAUGGAUGUGAAAAGAUUCAGCACUUUGGCGCCCGCAAAGACGAGACCGGUUCGACAUACCAGCCCGACGAUAAGAUUUCACUCAAGAAUAUCGCUACCACCAUUAAAGAGGUUAAGAUCGCAUACGCCAAGGUCGAGCGUUUCCUGCGUCGUUACUACGGCGAAGAUCUCGCGCCCGAAGAAGAGAAGAAGGACGACAAGGACGACAAGGAUGUGAAGAAAGAUGAGAAGGACGAUAAAGAGGCGAAGAAGGACGAGAAGGACGAGAAAGACGAGAAGAAGGAGGACCCAAAGGAGGAAGAGCCUAAGAAAGCCUAG